CUGGGGCGUUGUUUCUGACACUGCUUGACGAUGCGGAGGAGGAUGGUGGUGAUGAACUUGGCAGCGUUGUUUCUUCUUGUUGCUAAUUAUAACUCAAUUAGAGCAAGUCCUGCAAUGGGCGAAAGACUGACGGCGGAUCUGUUCAGCAACUAUAGCAACUACGUAUUUCCUAAGGAUCGCCCACUGGCUGUCCACAUCUCCCUCUCUGUUGAAAGGAUGAGUGUGGAUGCAGAAAAACAGCUUUUGUCACUCAGCGUAAGCGUCACCCUACAAUGGAUUGACGACAGGUUGUAUUGGGUUCCUUCAGAAUAUGGCAACAUAACGAAUCUUGUUAAACCUGAGGAUUUAGUGUGGAUUCCAGACAUUGGCAUGAUCAGCGCUGCUGAGCCUGACCUGGACAUCAUCAAAUCUUCCAAAGUCCACAUCAGCGGGGACGGACAAGUCACCAUGUCGAGACGGAGACGUAUCUUCAGUUUGUGUGACUUCACUGAGAGUCAGGACGACUUGCACGUGUGCAAGAUUCAGUACGGAUCCUUGGUCUAUGGUGACCAGGACAUCGAGGUCAUCCCAGGAACUGCUCAAGGCAUUCUACAAAAAUACACGCAGUCUGGAGAUUGGGAUAUCUUGAACGCGACGUCCAGCAACACCAGUAAUGGGAGCGCCGUGUACACCUUACACAUCAAGAAGGUUAAGAGCAGUUCCGGAACCGUUACAGGAAAGAGCAACGACGUGUCUGCUCUACCACUGGUCUUUCUGGGAUUUGUGGCGCCCUUCCAGUUCCUCAUCCCCCUGGAGUCUUCCCAAAGAAUAACUGUCGACGUUCUACUGUUCCUGACGGGUACGGUGAUCGCAAUAGUGGUGUACGAUAUUGCCCCAGCCAUGGAACUACCAAUUGUCGUAGUGUCCUACUGUAACUUUACGCUGACUGUGGUCUUCCUCUGUCUCAUCCUGUCCAUCGCCAACCUCCAACUGUGUACAGCUCUCGGGAAGAGAUCCGCCAUGCUGGAAUAUCUGAAGAGGGGGUUGUUCUCUGGAGCCAAUCGACUUGUCUUCGUCGCAGUGCCAAAAAUUCGUGAUAUCCGAGUAAAGCGACCGCACGUCAUUCUCGAACAUCGCCUGGAAGACAUGUCUCCUAAAGAGCAGACAACCGAUGUGGAUUCUCCACCAGAGGGCGCACGGGACCGGAAGGAGAAUGAAAAGCUCACUGAGAUAAUAGACAUUCUUGUUCCAAUGGCAGAUGAGCAAGGUUACUGUCAAUACGAGGCUAGAUUCAGACGGGAAUGGUUAACGGUGGGAUUGAUCCUCGAUAGGCUUAUGUUUAUAUUCUUCUUAUUGCUGUUUGUUUUUUGUUCAUUUGGAUACAUAAGGUAGACGUUUCUUAUAAGCUGCUGUGUGGCAGUACUGCUGUGUGACGCCAUACUUUUUACGACAUUGUGUGAAUGGCGGUGUUGCCGGUAGGG